AGUCGUUGCUCAAGCCAUCGUGACGCUGGACUGCUGCUGCGCACUCGGGCAGCAAUGGAUGCACCUUUGUUGUCGCAGAAAGAGCUCCAAAUGCCAAAAGGAUCUUCGUGGGCCGCACGAGCGCCCUACGUUUGGCAGCUUUGGUUGGCGACGUUGGUAUUGGCUUUCUACAGCAUUAUUGCUAUUCAUGCUGACGAUGGGCCAGUUAGAUGGCUUGCAGCGUUUUCAUGCUUUACGCUGCCCGUGAUUGUGUCCAGCUUUACCACCCAUGAUCCAACACAGAGGUGGAUUGAUGUGUUCACCACACUCGCGGCGACUGGAUGGAGCUGCUUGGUCGUUGGUUCCUUCGCGUGGGCAUUAGGUUUUCCUGGAAGCCAUUUGAUGCCAUGCGUUCUAUGCGUGGGACCAUUUGUACAUACAUUCACUGUCACUUCAAUCUAUUCCAGAGCAAGCGCUUACCAUGUAUGGCCUGGAGGGGUGCUUCUUGUCCGCGCAUUCUGGGACCCACCGCUUUUAUUCUCUGGCUACAUGUUCGACACGUGCUGUUCGCGACGUGUUGGGCGCCCAUACUUUGCGAACGGAACAGGAGACGGCAAACUUUCGUCGGUGAUCGUCAAUGAGAAGCUGCUGAUGGGUGGGCGCCCGCUUGCAAUGCAUGUGGAAGAGCUGAAAGCAGCAAACGUUGGCUUGGUGGUAAACAUGACAGCCGAGUGGCCUGGCCCAGCGCAUGAGUAUGAAAAGCAGGGCAUCAAACAGAUUCGCGCGCCAACAGUGGAUACCAUACCACCAGCAGCUCAAGAUGUGGAAAGAGUUGUGCAGGAAGUCAAAGACUUUCUAUCUUCGCAAAAGGGCGCUGUGUACAUUCAUUGCAAGGGUGGCCGCACUCGUGCUGCUUGUAUGAUGGCGGCGUGUUUGGUUCAAAUUGAAGGCAUGCCGCUGAGCGCGGCUGUGGCCCUGAUGCGGCAAAGGCGUCCGGUGGUCGACCAGAGCGUCCAAGGGUUCCCUUUCCUGAUCAACAUGGAGCGGCGCGGAGCUGGCGGAGCAUGAUGAGCCAUGCCCAAAGAUUCGGAUUUGUGCGCGCCUAAAGCCGGUGUUUGCCCGGAAGGACCAUGC